CAACCACCGACGAAGUAGUCCGUCUUACUGUACACAUCUCUGAGUGACUCAGCCGCAAGAAUGACGCAAACCUCUCCCACCCACCAUCACAUCGUCUACCUCCAGGGUGAUUUCGUGGAGAUCCUCGACUUCGACCUUCCCGCCCCUCACACCUACACCAAGACCGUCUACCCGCAGACCUCUCCCCCAGAGCUCCACGAGCGCAUCCACGAUGCAUCAGUGAUCGUCCUCUCCGCAUUACGCAUCGACGCCAACGCCCUCGCUGCCGAGGUCAGCCCGAAUCUCAAGCUGGUGAUGGUCGUGGCGGUGGGCACCGACUGCAUCGACCUGGAGGCGUGUCGCAACCGCGGCAUCGUCGUCUCCUACAUCCCGGGAGCCAACACCGAAUCCGUCUCGGAGCACGCCAUCGCACUGCACCUGGCCGCGCGCCGGAAGAUCCUGGGGAUGAACGCCCUGACGCGCGCCGGCGAAUGGCCGCGGCGGAAGACGCUGAUGUUCGAUUUCCUCGACAAGGCGGGGGCGCCCCCCUUGACUUGUCAGGAGGAGGUGGCGGGCAUCAUCGGCAAUGGGGCCGUUGGUAAGCGAAUCGCCCAUCUCGCCCGCGGCAUGGGGAUGAAAGUGAUCAUCUCCGACCGCAAGCCACUAGGUGACGGGACGACGACAUCUACAACUAUCGGCAAGGAUGGGCUCGAACGGGUUCCGUUCGAGAUCGUCGUCAGGCAGAGCACGGUCCUGUUCGUGGCGGUGCCCCUCCUGGACUCGACGCGGAAUCUCAUCUCGACGGCCGAGUUCGAGGCCAUGUCGCCCCAUGCGGUGCUGGUCAACGUGUCGCGCGGGGGCGUCAUCGACGAGCCCGCGCUGGUCCGCGCGUUGACGGACGAUCGCAUCUCCGGCGCAGCGACGGAUGUCUUCUUCCAGGAGCCCGCGGGGCCGGACAACUCGCCUCUGCUGGCUGAGGGGACCGAGGGGCUGAAUCUGAUCGUGACGCCGCAUCUGGCGUGGCUGGCCCAGAGGACGAUGGCAAACUACUCGCAGCGGCUGAAGCUGUCGGUGGAGGAGUGGUGCAGGGGGAGGCCUUUGAAUGUGGUUACUUAGCUCUGCUGAUAAUUCACUCGACAUGACCAUAGAG